AUAUAUUUACAAUAGUUCAUGAAAUAACUCUCCUCCACUUUACCAUAGGGAGUCUCGGCGCUAUGAUUGGAUUACUCUUGUGGCGUCACAAAUAUAGGAGCGUCUACAUAAACUUGGCGGGUCCUAGUCACCACGCACAAUUCGUCCACUGUUCAACUUGAAUCUCAAAACCUUUACCCCACAUUUCCUGGAUUCUCCACUGCCAGCAGCAAUUGAAUCUUCUUCUCACCCAACCUACUUCCUACACUUGCCAUUCCAACUAGACCACCGUAUACACAUCCACUCCAAACUUCAAGAACUCCCCAGUCCUCUUCUCCACAUUUCUCACCUGCCCCUUCCUAGCCCGCCCAUCCCUCAAAAUGGCAACCUGGCGCCCGCUAACCCUCGACGACAUCCCCGCUCUAAUGACCAUCGCAAACAAAAUCCACACCACCCUCCCCGAACGCCCCGAGAUCUUCGCCGAGCGGAUAACCCUCUAUCCCGCUGGCUGCCUCGCCCUUGAACAAGAAAACGAUAAGCAACUCAUCGGCUACGCAAUCUCACACCCGAUUCGGCGCGGCGAACCGCCAGAAUUAGAUAUGCUUCUUGGAGAAAAGUAUAUGCAAAUCGACGCUGGUGCACGCGAUGCGGCGUAUUAUAUCCAUGAUGUGGCGGUUUUGCCCGAAGAAAGGGGGAAGGGGUAUGCGGGGAGGUGUGUGGAGUUGCUACUUGGGAAUGCGGCUGCGAGGGGGUUUUCUGUUGUUUGUUUGGUUUCGGUUUAUGGGACGGAGCAGUUCUGGGGACGGUUUGGGUUUAAACGCGUGGAGGUUGGGGACGAACUCAGGGGGAAGUUAGAGGGGUAUGGUGGGGAUGCGGUUUAUUUGGAGAGGGAGGGAGUGUAGGCUACAAUAUGGGGGUGAGGGUUCUUUUGGACACAGACAUGCAUUGUCCAACUAGUAGUGGCUUGGUUGGAGCUGUAUGCUGUCGUUUUUGGCAGUGGGGGUGAUGGUGUGCAGUUUGCGUAUGAGCGACUAUGGGUAAGAUGUCAUAAAUAGUAUGCUGAGUCUUGUGUUCAUGAUUAGCUCCUAUCUUUGUAUCUCUUACGUCCCUAUCAACAUGGCUGAGGGGAAGAAUAUUGCUCUAGGGUGCACAAUCAUAUGGUUAAUCCAGUAUAUACCUAGCAGAGUACGGCGUCUCUUAGAGAGAUACAGUAUACUGGUCAUGAACCUAGCCUGCAUCUACCACAUCUGCCAUAUCUCCC